AACUUGAUUAUGAAACGUUUUGUACCGUAUCACUUCUCGCUAAAGUUGAAAGGUUUCAACCUUAAAGAACACUUAAACUAUAUUAUUUUAUGCAGGUCCUUAUGAUUUAGAUAGUUUUGCCAUGAUUUUUCCAUUAGCCGCUGGAUUAUUUGCGGUAGUUAAUCUAUUUAUAUUUGCGAAAGGAAAUGUAGAACUUGAUCCUGGCAUCACCAUCCAUCCAGCACCAUCAGUUGUUAUUGCUCAAAAGAAUAGUCCACUACUGCUGAACUGUUCUGCCUCAUCUUCACCAGACGCAGGUCCGGUUACCAUCACAUGGUUUAAGGAUGGCCAGCCUGUGGUUAUUGACAGACGGGUACAAUUCAGAGAAAAUGGCUCCUUAUAUUUUACACAAGUGAAGAACAAUCGUUAUUCUAGGAACAAAAACAGAAACCAGAAUGGAUACUACGAGUGUUUUAUAAAAAACAAGUAUGGUACUGUUAUUGGAAGACAGGUCCAUCUUCAAGUUGCAAGCAUUUCAAAGUCCUUAAGUAUUGAGCCAGCUUACCAGAAAGUAGAAUUAGGAGGCGUGGCACGAUUUAAAUGUAAGAUUGAUGGAAUACCUCCUCCAAUUUAUGUCUGGAAGAAAAACAGUUUACCUCUACCUCAGAAUAGCAGGUAUAUAGCCCUAUCCUCAGGAAUAUUACAGAUACACAAUAUAUCAGAGUCUGAUGCGGGCUCCUUCCAUUGCUCAGUAUACCAAAGUUUUAACAGAGUGAACAAUGUACCUGAAAUUAUUGGUAUGACAUGGCAGCACAGUCGGUUCCAAGCAAGACUCAAAGUUAUAGCAGAUACAAAAAGACAACCUCCAAAGAUAGUGGCUAUUUCUAAAGAAAUCAAUGCCACUAUAAAGCACUCAGUUAUAUUAGAAUGCCUGGCAAAAGGGAAUCCAACACCUGUGGUUACAUGGAUGAAAGAUGGAAAUCAAACAUCAGAUGACAUUUUUAACACAAUUUAUGAUAAGAGUAAUAUUAAGUUUAUAGAAGUCGACAAGAUUGACGCUGGGACGUACCAAUGUGUAGCGUCUUCACCAGGAUUUCCUGAUGCAGUGGCUGAGACCAAACUAAACGUCAAAGUGCCACCAUUCAUAAUCAAAGCUCCACUCAGCAAAGGGUAUCCUGUAGCCAGAUGGUUUCGAUUAAAGUGUACUGUUGGAGGUACUCCUACACCAGAGGUUACUUGGUACAAAAAUGGACAAAAGAUUGAAUCUCUGGAAAAUAUGCAGAUAUACCCAGACAAUAUGCUGUUGAUAGGUAGCAGUAUAAGUGAUUCUGGAUACUACCAGUGUAUUGCCAAAAAUGAUGUUGGUGUUGACAUGGCAAUUGCUAGACUACAAAUCAUCAUGAAAAAUAAUGUACCCAAACCGCCUGGACAUGUGGCUGUCACAAGUGUUAGCAGUACAGAAGUAUGUAUUCGAUGGUUUCCAUCAGAGUAUCCAAACUGCUGUCCUAUUCUAGCUUAUACUGUUGUCUAUGGGGAGCUGAAGGAUGUAACACAGAAGAAAGCUACAUCUGAGAAAUAUAAAUGUAUACACGAUCUUAAGCCACAUACAGAUUACAAAUUUUAUAUACGAGCUUUCAAUAGGAAAGGUGCUGGAGCCAAGUCAGAUACAGUGACUGUUAAAACACUAGAAUCAGUUCCUGUAGCAGCCCCAAAUCUGAGACUUUCUAGUUCAUCACCAUGUAGUAUAGAUUUGAAGUGGGAUUCACUUCCUUCUGAGAUAUGUAAUGGUGUUAUCACAAGGUACCAGAUUUAUGUGUCAAAUGGUGGACAUGAAAUCAUGGAGAAUAUGUCUACUGCUUGCCAUAAAUAUACUAUCAGAGACCUCCAUCCAGACACUGAGUAUAAAGUGAUAGUAUUAACGGGGACAGAAUGGAGAUAUCCAAAGCUGGUAGAUGCUCAUUAUCUCUGGCUGGUACAUAGAACACCAAAACAAAAUUACAAAUCACAAGUGCACGAAGCAGCACCAAAUCUGAGACUUUCUAGUUCAUCAUCAUCCAGUAUAGAUGUAGAAUGGGAUCCAGUCCUUCCCGAGAAAUGUAAUGGUGUUUUCACAGGGUACCAGAUUUAUGUGUCAAAUGGUGGACAUGAAAUCAUGAUGAAUGUGUCUGCUAAUACCCAGAGCUACACUAUCAGAGACCUCCAUCCAGACACUGAGUAUAAAGUAAGAGUAUUAGCAGGUACAGCAGGGGGAUAUCCAAAGCUGUUAGAUGCUCAAUGGCCCUGGCGGGUACACAGAACACCACAAGAUAAUGAAAAACCACAAGUGAAUGUUCAGAUUAAGGUUUCUCAACUGAACCUGACGUGUGUUGAUGUUAAAUGGAACAUAACAGACAAUCAAGCAACCCGUAGUUAUGAGAUUGACAUUAGCAAGGAUAUUAACAAUAAAGAUGCAAGAAGUUUUGAAAUUCGAAACAUUAAAAGCACAAACUAUAUCGUAUGUGGUCUUGAUAAGAAUUUUCUCUUGCCAUUUAUGUUAAGAAAACAAGUGGAAGGGUAAACUUUUAUUUUAAUUGAAUGAUAUCUAAGCCAGAAUGUUAUUGAUUUAGAAUUGGUGGGUAUAGCCACUAAUUCAGAAAACUGGAAACAUGCAUUCUGUUUUAAAAUUUGUCUUGAUUUUAGCUGAUUUUGAUAUACCUAAAAGGUUGAUUAAUACUUUAAAUUCAUUUGUUUGCUUGAUCUUGUUGGUCAGUCACAGUCUAUUUGCAGAUAAUUGAUAAAAUGCAAAACAAUUUCCCCACACAUUGUCUUUUUUUUUUUUAACUCAUCAUAAAGUUAAAUAUUAUAUAUAGACAGCUUUCAUAUGAAAAUUUUGUUAAAAACAAAAACAUAUUUCGCCAUUCAUGUCAUUUCAAGUGAUACAUUUCUUUAACGAGAGUAAUUUUGAAAUAUCAUUUUUUUAAGGUUUUUAUAGGUUGCAUUUCUGUAAAUAUAGACAAUGCAAUUUCCCAUAGGAACUCCCUUUGCGGCUAAAACUGUGACACUUUUACUAUGAAGUUUCGUGAAAAAUUCAAUCCUAGAAUGGAAAGUUGAUAUGCACUACUAUUUUAUUUAAAGGUCAAAACAGAGGGACGUUCGGCAUAUUUUCAACAUUUAUUGAAACCUAUAUUUCGACAGCCAAUUUUUUAAAACUUGAAUAGCAAGAAACCCAAGAAACUUUAAGUAAGAGACCAAGGACAGCAAGUAAACAAUUACACUUUUGUAACGAUUAUUAAGAAUGGAAAUUGAAAGACAAUGUUCAAAAGAGCUAAAUCGUAUUUGUUCUAAACUUGGACCACUACAGAAUGUUAUUUUUAGAUAUGCUGAUAUUGUGUUAAAUAUUGUUGAAGACAUUAAAUAUAUGUACUACUUUCAAUUAACAACAUGAAGGUUCACAAAAGCGAAGAAGGCUGAGAAAGCAAGUAGGGUUUUUUGAAAUAAUUUUAAUUUUAAAUGUCAACCAGAAUUAUCUGACAAAGUAGUAAAGCAAAUAUGACUGUACGGGUGUGAAGUCUGAUAAUGGAUAAUACGUUUGUUUUAAAACGUGUUCAUCUAAAAUUAAGUAAGCUAUUGCCUUAACUUAUUAUUCUAUACAAAUCCACUCCUGACUUCAUGAUAUAUGUGUAACAAGGUUUUUUUUUUUUUUAUCAAAUUACGAACUAUAAACUAUUGAGCAACCCUUGUAACCGGGGAAGAAACGAAACUUCCUGUUAUUCUAUAUAAUCUUGUCACUGGCAGUUACAAUGGAAACAUAGCUUGAUAGCUUGGUGUAAAAAUAUACAAUCUAUGAUAAUCAUAAAUUAUUAAAAAACAGUCUCAUUUUCUAUAUUACUUUGAUAUUCUAGAUCAUAAAAGUAUUUAGAACCUUAAAACACAAAAAAUCUAUUCAAAUUUGCUAGAUGGCAAAUAUUUUGAAAUUUCAAUACCUUAUGAAUAACAACAUCCAGUAUUUCUAAAAUAACUGUGCAAUUAUUACCAAUAACUAUUACAUGCCUAUCAUCUCAUUGGUAACUACCAUUUGCCUCCACUUUACAUUUGUACUUACAUUUGAUAUUAUGUUUGUGUCUAUAUCAUUGUACUUUGGUUUACGAGAAUAAAUGUAUAAAUAUAUAUGUACAUAUUCCAAGAUAUUAGAAUUGGAAAAACAAAACAAAAACACUUGUCUGACUUUGUAUGUUUAUAUUAAAUAAAAUAUGAUAUGCAGUA